AUGGUCCUGUCCUGCGCAUACUCACCGUCACUGUAUACACCCACUGUGGUAUCCACAUUAUGUGAUAGUCGAUAUUUCCAUUGGUUCAAUAAACAAGUGACUUUCGUCGAAGUUCAUCGUGAAAUUCAGAAAUGGUACGGCUUAAGUGAUACAGGGUCCAAGCGGAUUGUAUGUUGGCUUGUGAUUGAUGAACACGAGCGUUGGGGAAGUUAUUGGUCGAAAGCGGUACAACGAUCAAAAGCAGUCGUUGAAUGCUGA